AUGGGUUCCAUAUCAGAACGCGCCAUUCCGGCAGGAAGUCUGGUCGUCGUGAGUGGUGCCAAUGGUUUUAUCGCAAGCCACGUUGUUGAUCAGCUUCUGCUGGCUGGCUAUCGUGUCAGGGGAACGGUCCGCAACUCUCAGAAGUCUGCAUGGUUGAUUGACUAUUUUGGCAACAAAUAUGGUCCCGGCAAGUUCGAGCUGAUCGAAGUGCCAGAAAUGGCCAAGGAUGGAGCUUUCGACGACGCUAUAAAAGGCGCCUCUGGAUUCAUUCACACAGCAACACCCGUGAUGGUGUCGUACGACCCAAAUGAAGGCAUUCCAAUCGUGGUAAACGGCACUCUGAACGCACUCGAAGCUGCGGCCAGUGAGCCCUCAGUCAAGCGCUUUGUGCUGACUUCGUCUUCCACUGCUGCGAUCAGCCCAAAGCCAAAUGUCGAGUUCAGCGCAGAUGAAUCGACUUGGAAUGACGAAGCCGUCAAGGCAGCCUGGGCUCCUCCUCCCUACGAAGGCGAACAGAGAAAACUCGAUGUGUAUUCGGCUAGCAAGACACAGGGAGAGCAAGCUGCUUGGAAGUUUAUGAAAGAGAAGAAGCCUGGCUUUGUCUUGAACACAGUUCUGCCAAACUGCAACAUGGGUCUAGUGCUCUCACCUGAAAAUCAAGGAGCACCAAGCACAAUCGGCUGGCUCAAGGCACUCUGGAACGAGUUCAAGGGGCAAGAGAAGCUCGCAUUCAAUCCGCCGCAAUACUAUGUGAACGUUCAAGACAACGCCCGCAUCCACGUCGGCGCCCUGAUUUGUCCGGAUGUCCAAGGAGAGCGCUUGUUUGCGUUCGCGAACCCUUUCAACUGGAAUGAUAUUCUGGCCAUAUACAGGAAAUUGUACCCUGAGCACAAAUUCAUGGAUGAUCUACCCGAUCUCGGUAGGGAUCUCAGCAAGAUCUCGAAUGGAAGGGCGGAGGAGAUUGUGAAGCGGUUUGGAAGACCGGGAUGGACGAACCUGGAGGAUACUAUCCGUGACACUACGAAGGAUUGGUCUUGA